AUGAGCGAAAGCGGCAGAAACACCUCUUCAAAGUUGGAUUCAGGAGAUGCACCUCAAUUUGCAUCUUAUGGUACUACUAGUAGCAACAAUUCAAAGUCUUCCCAUUUGGAAAGAGACGAUAAGUUAGAUCCAAGAAUGGGAUUUUCAAAGGAGGAAUCUUUUUCAGGAGGCAGGGGUUCAAAUAAGGAUGAUAUUGUGAGCAAAGAUUACAGAGUUUCAGAUGCGCAAAACACUGAUGGAAGUAACAAAAUGGAAUUGUCUCCUGUAAAGGAAGAUUUAGAAAAUAAGGACAAUGAAUCCCCAGAAACUGGUUGCAGUAGGUUAGUCAGAAGUAGGAGCCGAAGCAGGAGCAGGAGCCCUCGUCGUAGGUCUAGGUGGGAUUCAAUAACCAAUGAUAGAUAUGAAAUGAGGGCAGCAUGUAGAAAUUUUGCUGAUGGGAAAUGCAGAAGAGGAAGUCAAUGUCUCUUCCGUCACAGUGACAAUCAAAAAUCUGAAGACAGCAGGGUAAGUUCACGCAGGCAAGAUGGAAGGUGUAGAAUGGGAGCAUCAUGCAAUGAAAAUUCUAGCAAGUUCAAUGAAGCUUCUAUGGAUGAAUCAAGCAGGGAAAUGGAAAUUGAUAGAAGGUGCACAGGGAGCUCUUUGAAGCAAAGUCAUGGUAGAAACCGGACAAGUGAAAUUCCUUGCAAAUUUUAUGCAUUUGGGAAUUGUCGAUAUGGUAAACAUUGUAGAUUUUUACAUGAUAGUAAAGCAUUAUGGAGCCCAAGUAGAGACUUCAAGGAUGAUUUGUUAAGGAGCAGUGGUGGAGAUCAGGCUUUGGAUGGUCCAAAAUCGAGUGAUGAAGUUAGUCUCCAUGGAAAAAUAAUUGAUGAUACACGGGGUUUAGAUGGUAGUGCCGCUGGUGCAGAGAACAAAACAGGAAUCAUGGUUGACCCAGAACCUGGAUUUAAUACUUUGCCCGUUGGUGAUGAACGGGACCAUAGCUUAGACAAGAACACAGUGCAUGGUGAAUCAUCAUUUUCAAGUGAUGUGAAGGAGACCAAAAAUGAUAGUUCCAACGUUCCCACCAUUUUGCCUGGUAAUGAAAAAAUGUCUCAUAAUUGGAAUUGUGGUGUGAGAUCUCCCAUCCCUAUUAAAGAAGAGCAAGAGCAGAGUAAGCAACAAGUUGCUCCAGGUAAUCACGUGCUUGAUGUUUCACUAGUUAUGCCUCCUUGUCUAUAG